AUGGGCGACUUUUCUAAUAAUAAUUGGAAGCUUAUUUCUAGUACAAUAUUGACGACAAUAUUGGCAAUAAAGUGUAUUGAAAAGGGGAUUUCAUUAUAUAAAAGAAACAAUGAUAACAGUAAUGAUAACAAGUCGGCUAUGAAAGGUGGGAUGAAAUAUGAUGAUGAAUUAUUUAGAGAGCAAUUAGCAAGAAACUAUGCAUUUUUAGGGGAAGAAGGGAUGGAGGCUUUAAAGAAACAAUAUUUUAUAGUUGUUGGUGCAGGUGGGGUUGGAUCAUGGGUAGUUACCAUGUUAAUUAGAUCUGGAUGUACCCAUAUUAAAGUUAUCGAUUUUGACCAAGUUUCAUUAUCCUCACUAAACAGACACUCAUGUGCAACAUUGAAAGAUGUUGGAUUACCAAAAGUUGAAGUUUUAAAGGCACACAUGUUGGAAAUUGCCCCUUGGUGUAAAAUAGAGGCUGCUAAUGAAUUAUGGGCUCUAAACUCUGCAGAAAAAUUGUUACAAUUUGAAGAUGGUACUAAACCAACAUGGGUCAUUGAUUGUAUAGAUAAUAUUGAUACUAAGAUUGAUUUAUUGGAAUAUGUUUAUAAAAAUGGGACAAAUGUUAUUGCAUCAAUGGGUGCUGCAACUAAAAGUGAUCCGUCUAGAAUCAAUGUGGGUGAUAUCAGUAAUACUGAAGAGGAUUCUUUGGCUAGAAUUGUCAGAAGGAGAUUGAAGAAAAGGGGUAUUACUACUGGGAUACCAGUUGUUUUUAGUGCUGAAAAACCAGAUCCAAGAAAGGCUAAAUUGUUGCCAUUACCGGAAGAAGAAUUUCAAAAGGGGAAUGUUGAUCAAUUAAGCAGUUUACAAGAUUUUAGAGUUCGUAUUUUACCUGUUCUAGGAACAAUGCCGGGUGUUUUUGGUUUAAGUAUAGUUACUUGGCUAUUAACAAAGAUAGCUGGAUAUCCACUAGAUCCAAUAGUGGGUAAAAACAGAAUCAAAGUUUAUGACGGAAUUUAUCAAUCUUUGGCUGGUCAAACGACCCGUAUUGGAAAACAGGAUCAAAGGAUUCCAAUUGCAUUAAGUGACAUUGGAUAUCUAGUGGAAGAAGUUUGGAGGGGGAGAUCACCAGUCAGUGGAUUUAGCACUAGAUUAACUUUGAGUAAAUGGGAUCCAUCCAAACCUAUUAGUCUACAAAAUGUGGUUAUUUUAACAAAAGAGGAACAGAAGGAGCAUGAAAAUAGAAUAUUAAAUGGUAAUGAGAAAUUUGAAGAUGUUUAUUCUAAAGAAGUUUUAGACUUGGUGGCUAAAAGGUUUAGUGAAGAAGCCUAUUAUUCUAAAUUCAGGUAA